CGCCGCGCCCCCGCUGCCUCCUCCCCUCGCCGGAGCCCGCCCGUCUCCGCUCCCCCUUGGCAGCCAAUGGCACUGAGCGAGGUGGCUGCAUGUGGUGGCGCCGACCCAGCGCCCGGCUGGGAGGAGAGGAGGACGCAGCAGGCGCUGCUGGUCGCUCGCUGCCGCUCCCCCGCUCCGGGCUCUCCUGACAGCGGCGGCCAGCCGCCCCCUCGGUCCCUCCGCGCCGCCGGUACCCGCAGCAUGGACUCGGACUCCGGGGAGCUCAGCGAAGGCGAGCUGGUCUCACCUGCAGGUCCUGAUUGUUUCAGUUCCAAGAAUCUUGCACUGCAAGCCCAGAAAAAGAUCCUGAGCAAAAUGGCCACUAAAACCAUGGCUAACAUGCUAAUCGACGACACAAGCAGUGAAAUCUUUGAUGAGCUGUACAAGGUAACAAAGGAACACACCAGAAACAAAAAGGAAGCCCACAAAAUUAUGAAAGACCUGAUUAAAGUGGCAAUAAAAAUCGGGAUCCUCUAUCGAAAUAAUCAGUUCAACCAAGAAGAAAUGGAAAUCGUAGACAAGUUCAGGAAGAAGCUGAACCAAACUGCCAUGACAAUUGUCAGUUUCUACGAGGUAGAAUACACUUUUGAUAGGAAUGUUCUUGCAGAACUUCUGAAUGAGUGUAAGGACCUUGUGCAUGAACUAGUAGAUCGACACCUGACACCGAGAUCCCAUGGGCGUAUCAACCACGUCUUCAAUCAUUUUGCAGAUGUGGAAUUUCUAACUGCCCUGUACAGUCUCGAUGGGGAUUGUCGGCCAUACCUCAAAAAGAUCUGCGAUGGCAUCAACAAACUACUCGAUGAGAAGAUCCUCUGAAACUACACUCAGAUACAAGAAACCAACCAAAAACUUCUGUCUAGAACUGGCCACCCUUCAUGAGCUGCGGUGAGCACGUGAGCUUCCUUUGUACCGUUCUUGCUACAGUAUCCAGCAGGAGCCUGAAGGUGCUCACUUGGCUCAUGAUGAAGGGGAACACCUAAAUCAGAAAGCUAUCAGUGUUAAUGUUUUGUUCACAGAUAAUUGAGUCUUUUCCAAGGAGUGGCGUGAACAAGGCUGCUGAUGUAUAUUGUUCAGAAAUAGAUUGCUGUACAUCAUGAUCUUACUAGCUUUGUGGUCAAGGCUGAGCAUAUGAAAGAAAGUAAGCUCCAAUGCAUGGCUAUGUAAAAAUAGGUGAUGGAAAAAGAGCAAUGCAUGGAAUUUUCCCCCAGGCUGCCCUUGGUGUGUAUGUUUUUUAUUAUUCCCACACUAAUUGAAAAGGCUUAGACAGAAGGUAGGGCUCUCAUGGAUUAAGCUCUCUCCUUUCAAAAGGAUCAGGAAUCAAUGUGAGAAUGCAUUUCUGAUUUCACAUGGUAUUUAAGUCUACUAGGGGAUAACAAAUAAUACAAAUUGAGUAGAAGUGGUAGAAAAUUUAAAGAGCUGUUCUAUGAAGCAAUGUUCUCAUUAGAGAUUUUUGGUUUAUACCUUUUAAUAAGAGAAGAUUUCAUUUUCAUUUUGAAAAGCAGCUCAGUGUUUCAAGCUCAAGGGUAAUUAGAAAAUUAGACAUAGUAGUACAACAUUGGUUCUCCCUCUCUCAGAUUUUGGGUAUUUGGUAACAUAGCUGAGUUUAGGCUGAAGGUUAUGCUGCUCUUUGUGCUCUUACUGUUUUGCCUGGCAGAGCAAAACACUCUCUGCAAAGAUUUUGAUAUUGCACUUGUGAAGAGAUCAGUGGAUCUAUAAAGCAAUGUUAACAGCUCAUAUCCUCAAAAGAUAACAUUCAGCCUAGGUAAAAUAGUUUACCAUAUCCAUGAUGUGAAUUUGUGCCUACGGUAAAACAGAGUUGUGACAAAAAAAAAAGGAGCUCCAUCUGCCAUGCUUGCAGUGCCAUCUAGUGCACAAUAUCCACAGCCCUCUUAACUCCAGUGACUCUGGUGAGCUUCAUAAACAAGCUAUUUGUUUUGUUUUUAAAUGAAAUAUGCUGAUGUCUUGAAACCAAAAACAUUUUGAAAAGAGAUACUGGUUUCUUGAAAGUUUUGUUGGAAUAAAGGGAGAAGCAGAGCAGAGCAGAUACUCCAGCUUGCUGCUUGCAGGAUCUCGCAGCUCAGCGGAUGGUGCUGCCUGUCCCUAAGUAGGGGGAGCAUGGGCAGAAAUCUCUCCUCUCCUUGCUUUCUGCAUCUUAUCCCACAGACUCACCUCAGUCUGCUGAGGCUUCAAUGUCACAUAGCAUCUCCUUUACUAUGACAGAGAGCAGACAAUCCCAUCACCUGGAGAUAACACCUUUCAUAUAGCAUAUAUUAUAAUACAGAGACUUAUGUCCUUUAAAAUUGACAAAAUGCAAGAAGCCAUUCCUCUCAAAGGAAAACUUCCAAGGGUUAUCACCCAUUACUUCAAGAUAACAAAAAUUUAUAUUUUCGCAUUUAAACUCAAAUAAUGUGGUGGUAGAGAAAACUUUUCAAAAUUUUAUUCUCAUUCUUCUGUCUUUCCGCACCCCAGAAUAACUGUAGCUCAUCUCUUGCAAAAACAGUUUUAACCAUUCUAUUGACAGUCAUACAGGUGAGAUUACACAUACCCAGAUCACGUAUUCACUACGGUUUGGACAAGAAGCAUUUCCAGGAGAAUGCAUUUUGGAGCAGAGGAGGAACACUAAAAUGGCAGCAUCAGACAUUUCCAGAUCAAUUUGUAAUGAUGUAGUUUUUCCUCAUGUUUCCUUCAAGCAUAAAAGUCUAUUUAGUAGCAAUGAAGGUAAACUGUUCCUUUUUAGCACAGCACAGUAAUAGUGUAUGAACUUUUGGGAUGGAAAGUCUAUUAAGAUUUGCCUUACAAGGUUGCAAGUUGAGACAUUUGCAGAGCCAUAUUUACAUGCACCAUUAGCUGCAUUCUUUCUAAGAGCACGUACUUGUCAACUGAUGCUUUUGAAUAGUAGUUAUUGUAUCCAACACUCCUGUCCCAGUGCACACGUCGGAUUCUGCGUGUUUGUUUCUCUUGUGGCAAACAAAUAUAAGAUGUUUUUUUUAAAAGCUGGACAAAGAGAUUAUUCAACAUCGAAGAUAUCCAAAAGGAAAGGGAUAUCCUAUGUAUGUGACUUCCUUUUUGUGCGUUGCAAGUAUCAAUAUUCAAAAUCUGGUAUUUUAGACAGGUCAGUUGAACAUCUGUCAUUUACAAAUCUGAGUAGCCUUAAUGAAAUAAAAUGUUUUUGAGCAUUUCUCAUACUUGCCUAUCUGGUAUAUUCAUUGUUUACUUUUGUACUAGUAGUUUGGUAUGUAACGACAUUGCGAAUGGGCAAUGCCCAGGUCACUUUAAGUAUAUGAUGUAUUAUCAUAUUUGUGGAUUAAAGAUGUGUGAUUACUGUC